AUGCAUCAGAUCCACAGAGUCAACAGAUUUUACGAUUUUAAAAUAGACAAACGCAGACUGCAAGAUGUGCUUAGAACCAAGAUCGGCAACAAUCCAGUCAAUGAAAACAUAAAUGACGCUGCUAAAAACCUAACUGACGCCAUCACAGAGACCUGUGCAGAGGUACUCCCGAAACGAGUUAAGAAAAAUUCACUACGGCCUCCCUGGUGGAACACGGAUGUCACUACCUCAAAGACCAACCUAAAUAGGGAGAAGAGGCGCUUGCUUAGAGAAGCCACUGCCGAGGCGAAAAUUGCGUUCAAUGCAGCCAGGAACGCUCACGUGUCGAAUAUACGCAGGGCUAAAUUUAGCCUUUGGAAGAAGUUUGCCGAAGAACGCAUCAGCGGCAACCAAACAUGGGGCAAACUGACUAAGUGGCUAAUCCGCGGACGUCAAGAGCCAAAGGUCCCAACCGUACUGGUCCGUCAAGAUGGUACCUACACUGAUAACCUAGAUGACACGAUCGAGCUCAUGGUAAAAGAACUUAUACCCCACUCUGAGCAUGAUACUCUGCCAGUGGCCCAACCAAGUGAAUUACGGCCAGCAACCAUAGAGUUGGACGAGCUCCGACUGGUUGUAUGGAGACAGAAGAACCGCGCCCCCGGGGCAGACGGGAUAUCGGCAAAAUCAUAA